AGGAAGGUAUGUGUCAGAGGAGCGUCAGGGUAUAGUGCUACCUAUGCUUUGCUGUUAGUAUGUGGCGACAGUUUCUGUAAGACUUACACGGCGGUUUGGGAAAGCUCGCCUUGCAGACCAUCGAAGGUGCCUGUAUCCAGCGUGGACUGGCCACGGCGUGAAUCCAGCAUGUGGAGUUUUUCGACGUCUUUCUCUUUAUGCUAAGCCAGCUUCUCUUGCGUUGCCAGCGUUGUGUUCAGUAUGCCUAAACCGGUCCAGGCCGUAGAUGAUGCGCAGCCGGCCUCCGCCGAGUUUGAUGAACCUACUGAGGCUAGUACACAGUCGCACAGUGGUACUGUUGCAGCAGCAAAGUCUGGGCAAGGAAGUAGCUCUAGUAUCGGGAUUGUGAGCUCAGACGUCGAUGCGCCAGGUUUUCAAGCCCAGCAUGCGGAGCAACUAGCGGCUGUUGAUACUUCUUCUAAGCCCGACGCAUACCCUAGUGCUACCCAAUGCGAGAGUUCUGCUGCCCUUGCAAAGGCCCAGGCAGCCGUGAAUGACAGCAUCGACGACUUGCCUGGUGCUGCCGCUGAGGCGGACAAAGCGGCGGGGCAGCCUGGUCAGUCCGACGAUGCCUCGCCUGAGGAGAAACCAGUAGCGGGUGACGAUGAAGGUGCUACCAGCCAGCCCGUGCAGCAGCAAGGUACAGAGGACAAGGCAGCGGCCAGCCAGGCGCAACAGCUGAUGCAAGAGGACGACGAGCAGCUUUCAGGACUUCCUCGGGAGGAGGAUGACGCCCCACCGUCGCCGCCGCCGCAGCAGGCCAGCAAGCUUGAGGAGCAAGAACAGCAGUCACAAGCAAGCCCCAGGGCAGCCGCAGCGGCCGCUGCUGAGCCGGCUAGCUCACAUGGGCACGACGAGGCGGCUGCCGUUGCUGCGCCUGCUGAAGAAGGGGUCACGGAACCAAGCGAGGCACAGCCGGAGCGGCGGCAGUCGGCAGCAACGGAGGACACACCUCCGCAGCAGGAGCAGCGGUAUGAAGCGGAGGUGGGCUCCACUCAGCAGCAGGAGCAGGAGGACCCGCAGGAGCCGCAGGGCUUGGUGGAGGGCUUGGUGAGCGAGGAGGUUGGAGGUGGGGAGCAAGUUGCCGACACGCCCGCUGCACAGGAUGCGGCGGAGUACGACACAGCUGAGUGGGAGGCGGGGCAGCCGCGGGGAUCCGCUGAGGUGGAGGCAGACGUCGGUGCGGCAGCCCCAGCGAAGCAGCAGCAGCACCUGCAGGAGGAGGAUGAGGAGGAGGAGCAGGGUGGAGGUGAGGGGGGCCCCCCGGUGAAGGCUGCGGCAGCGGAUGACAGCGACGAGGCGCCAGGGCAGGGUGCGGUGCAGCAGGAGGAGGAGGAGGAGGAGGAGGAGGCGGAGGAGGAGGACAAGGUUCAGCCAGGGCAGCAGCAGGAGGAGGACGCGUUGCUGUUCCCGGAGUCUCGGUCGGCUGACCUCCCCCAAGAGGAGGCCGAGCAGGAGCAGGCCGCCGUGCCGGGCCAGCCGGCGCAUGCAGGCGAGGGCGCAGACGUGUCGGACGCACCCGGUGCGGAAACAGCGGCACAGGACCUCCUGCCCGAGGAGCAGGAGGAGGAGCAGGAAGUGGAGCAGGAAGUGGCCAGGCCCCCGGUCGCUGAGAACCGCCCGGGUGCCGAACUGCCGUACGAGCCGGAGGCUGAAGCCCAGCCGCCGCAGGAGCAGGAGGCGGCGGACUUUGAGACGCAACAGGGGCAGCAGGAGCCGGAGCUGCAGCAGCAGGAAGCGGAGGUGAAGCCGCCGCAGCCGGAUGAAGAGGAGGUGCAGGUGCAGCAGUUGCCGCCCUAUGACAGCGGCGAGCUGGGUGUGGACCCAAGCUUUGGAGGUGCAGCGCUAUUGCAUGCACCUCGCCAGGAGGAGCAGGAGGAGCAGCAGGAUGAGUAUGAGGAGCAUGAGUAUGAGGAGCAGCAGGAGGAGCAGGAGCCCGAGGCAACCGACGCGGCGGUCCGUGCGAAGCUGCACGACAGCGCCGGGGAUGCACCUGGGUCGGAGGGCGACGGCGUCACUCUGCCCUCGGUGGCAUCGGAUGCGGUGGCUUCUUCAGGAGGAGGAGAGGGAGGCCGGCCCCAGGAGGAGGAGGAAGAAGAGGCGGUGGCGGAGGGCGAGGGCGAGGAGGAGCCGCUGCAGGAGCAGUCCCAGUCGCUGCCGACGGAGGUGUCUGUGGCCAACGGUGUCGCGGGGGCUGCGGCCAGCAGCAUCAGCAGCGGCGGGGGUGGUGGCGGCAGAGGAGCGGGUGGCAGUGUUGGCAGCCGCAGUGUGGGCGGCAGUGUGGCGGAGGGGGAGGAGGGGGACGACGUUGUGACGGUCAACGAGGGCAGCAGCAGCAGUGGCAGGGCGGUGGGCGGAGAGGCGAAUGGCAGCGGAGGUGUGGGCAGCGGGGAGGCGUCCUGGCGUGAGGACCCUGAGGAGGUAGUGGAAGCGGAGGGGAAGGGCGAGGAGGCGGAGGAGAAGAACCUGGAAGGAGAGGGUGGCCCGCAGCAGCAGCAGGAGGAGGAGGAGGAGGAGGCGGAGGCGGAUGAGGGGGCUUACGAGGAUGAGGCGUUCGCCGACGACGGUGAGGAGGAGUUAGCGGCUGGCGAGGCAAGAUCGCCUGCAGCAGCAGCAGGGGCCGAAGCUGCCUCGAGCUCUGGAGAGCAAGAGGAGCCCCGGCAGCAGCAGCCUCAGCAGCGAGACCAGGCCGACGGAGCGGACGUUGAUGUGGUGGUGGCAGGGGAGGCUGACGAGAAGGAGGCGGAGGGGGCUCCUGCGGCCGCCCCGCCCCCGCCGGUGUCGCUACCGCCCGCAUCCAAGCCGCGUCCGCAGCCUCCUCCGCCUCCGCCGCAGCUGGGGCUCGCUGACUUGUCGCCGCCGCCCUCGCCACCCGCGUCCCACCUGCCUCCCAUCUCCCCCUCCUCCGGCCCUGCGAAGUCGCCCCAGGCCGCCUCCCCGCAGGGCCCCUCCCACUCGGCGGACAAGAGCCCCUACGCCGCGGAGGUCAGGAGCAGCCGCAGCAGCGGCGGCAGCAGCACCGGCAAGGGCAAGUCCUCGGCUGCUGGAUCCGCAGCCGGAGCAGCUCCCAGCAAGCCCCGCGGCUCCGCAUCCUCCUCUCCGUCCUCCACCUCCGCGGGCUCGGAUGCCGCGGCACCCAAGCCUGCCGCAGCCACUCCGCAGCAGCCGCGUCAACCGCAGCCGCCACCGUCGCAGCCUCCAGCUCAGGCGCAGCAGGCACCGCGACAACGACAGCAGCAGCAGCAGGUGAAGGCGCCGGCCGCUGCUGCUGCUGGUGCUGCUGGUGCGCCCAUGCGGAUCCGGGAUGUGAUGGAGUCGUCUGACUCGCCCGACCCGCAGAGCAUCACUCAGCAAUACCUCAAGAUGCUGCAGGCGGGGGCGCUGAACCGGCCGUCCACCGCGCCGGAAGGUGCCGACACGGCCAGCACCGCCGCCGCCGCUGUCUCAGCCUCCCCCUCCGCCAUCUCCGCUCCCGGCUCCGCCCCCGGCGCCUCCCGCCACCCCCACCGCCCGGACACCGGCGCUAGCACCGCCAGCGGCGCCAGCGGGCACAGCAACCUCUCCGCACACGGCCUCGAGCUCGCGCGGCUGCAGGCGCGCACUGCCUGGGAGGUGGAGCCGCUCGCCCGCAGGCCGGGCAGCAGCGGCGGGCCCACCCAGCUCGACACCGCCGCCGCCGCCGGCCUCUCCCAGAGCAGCGACGGCGCCCUGCUCAGCCCCAGCGGCCGGGUGCUGCCGCCCCUCACCGGCAGCGCCUCAGCAGCAGCAGCAGCGGCCUCCUCCGGCCGGCGCCCGCCCUCCGUGGGGGUGGGCGGCACCCGGUCGCACCCCACCUCACCGCAACGGUUCGCCUUCCGCGCCUCCCGCCAGGACGUGCCCUCCAAGGUGUUUGCGCCCACGCACACGGGCAGCGCGGCGCCCUACACCAAGCUGUACUCCCCGGGACCUGGAGCCUACUCGCCCUCGGUAUCCCGCCGCGGCGACAGCUCGGGUCUGGGCGGCUCCAGCUUCGGCGGCGGCUCGCCCCCGCGCGCCUGGGCGUUCGGCAGCGCCAGCCAGCGGCCCGCGCACGUGUGCAUCCCGCACCCCGCCUACUCGCCCGGCCCCGUGUACCUGCCCAGCAAGGACUCGCUGUCCACCCUCACCAACCAGGUCAACCACACGUUCGACAAGCAGCUCACCGGCGGGCGCUUCAGCUACACCGCCGGCCAGCCGCCCAACGCGCCGCUCUUCAACCCCGGCCCCGGCGCCUACCAGCCCGCCACCACCUCCGGCGGCGACUCCCUGCACCCCGGCGCCUCGGGCGCGCAGCCCGCCUACUCUUUCUCCCGCACCGCCAAGCUGCUCACCCCCGCCCUCAACGGCGCCGCCCUCCCAGUCCUCUCCAAGGAGCACGUGAGGGAGUUCUACGGCGCACUAUCCCCGGGCCCCGCGCACUACUCGCCCGAUACCUCCCCCACGCGCCCCUCCGCGCCAGCCUACUCGGGUGCGGGUCGGCGGCGGUGCUGGUUCGACCCGGUGGAGCUCUCUCCCGGCCCCGUGUACAAGCCCAAGGAGCUAGACAGGGUAGGGCGCCAUACGCUGGGGGACAAGCCGCAUGCGGUGAUCGGAACCGGGCCCAAGGCCUACGACCCCAACGGCGCGCUCUCCGCAUCCGCCUGGCUCAGCCUCAACCACGCGCGCCGCGCCAACUACGGAGUGCACAGCCCGGGUCCCGUGUACCUGCCGCAUGACCCGCGGGUCGGCAACGUGCCCACUCCGGCGCUGGGUGGCGGACCCAAGGACCGCUUCACGGAGCGAUCCGAGCCGGGCAGGCUGCAGUAGCGGGAGGGAGUUGGGGGGUGCAGUAGGGGGAGGGGGGAUGCAGUAGUGACGGGCUGCAGUAGGGGGGCCAUGGGGGAAACGCUGCAGUAGAAGUGGCCCCUGAAAGAACCCUUGGAAGGCUGCAGCAGCAGUAGGGGCCCUCGUACCCCUUUGCGUGGGUGCGGUUGUGAUGGUGUGUUACCACGUGGGGUCGAUGGAGGGUGUGGGUGGAUGUCGUCUGGAGACUCUUUUCUGUCCUAGGGCUGUUGUGCAUGCGGUAGGAGGUGGCAGGAGGAGGAGCAGGUGUACGUAGGGCGGCUCAGCUGGAGCCGCGACGAAACACUGACCAUGGGCCCUGGGGCACGUGGGGCGUCGCUAGGAAGGAGGGGGUCAUGUGAUUGGAAGGGAGCGGUUCUACUUGCAGCGUUACCUAUAUAUAAGGCUGACACAUACAGCUUCCCUGCGAACCAGGAUGGCCCCGACCAGCUGUGUGCCUACCUCGUCGGACGGGUCUGGAGGCGAGCUGUGCAGGCCAUCCAAGCAUGCACGCAGGGGUCUGGGCUCCACACUGCAGGUGGCUGUACCACGCAGGCUGCUGUGCCAAAGACGGUCUAUUUGUUAUUUUGGUGAGGAUUUAUCUGGUUUUGAUCUAACUGGUUUGUGCAGGUGGAAAGGAUUAUAAGGGCAGGAUUGGUUGUGGGGGCGGUGCUUGGAGGUGUUCGCAGAGCAGCAGGCUCAAGGGCUCAAUUCAUUAGGCACCAGACGUGUGGCUGGAGGGGUGUACCAGGUGGUGGUGACGGGAUGGUCGCAGGUUGACGACAAAGGGAUACAUUGGAUGCGUGUGGUGCGGGGCUGUGGCUUCACAGCAGCAGGAGGCAGCUGCUGGGAGGUCUGUUGCUCUUGCUUGCUUGCAGGGCUGGUCGUGCCGAGUGGCAUGGAUGGCGGUGUGUUUCCGUUGCAGGGUGACUGGCUUGGAUGAUCUGGACCGUCCCUUUUGUAGAUUUUUUCACAGGUGGGGAAACCAGCUGUGUGAAACGUGUAGGUCACUGUAAUGAUGGCUUUGCAGCCUUCAGCCCUUAGCUGGCAGCACCGGUUGGGGUCAUGUCGUGUGGGAUCAUCUUGAUGGGCGUGUAGCUUGGCUGGGCGGUGAAUCGGUGAGGAGUUCUCUGUCUGGCCCUGUGGACGCCUCCAACCUGGCUGUCGUGUUCCUUUAGGUAAUGUUAAUCUUUUGUGCAGCACUGAUUGCCCGUGGACACGACGGGUGCCUGUCUAGAUGGGGACCCGUGUUCUGGUCCCUGCUGGCCCGUGGGAUUGCAUGUCCUGCUCGGAGCCCCCUGUGACACUGCGACAGCACCCUGAGUUCCUGACAGCACCUAACUUGAUCCGAUCUGACCUGGUGGCCUGGUGGCGGGUUCACAGCACAUUGAGCGCGGUGCAGAGGGAAACCAAACUCCAGGCACCGUUUAGAGCGGUUGACCUCACUCAUAACAUCUGUAAGUCGAGGGCUGGACAUUACUGGUAGUCUUUAUUUGGGUCUUGCUUAGCCUCUAUACAUCACAUGAUGACUGUGUGUAUCGUGAGCAGUGCAGCGGGUAUCCUCUUGCAUCGCGUGACGUCGUCGGG